AUGACCUCUUCCACCAACAUCGUCGCCGGAAACUGGAAAAUGAACACGGACGUCACUUCCGGCGUUCGGUUGGCCUCGUCUGUGGCGGCCGGCGCCGUGGCGGUGCCCGGCGUCCAGAUCAUAGUUGCCCCGCCGUUCGUGUCGCUGGCAGCGGUUCGUGAUGCCUUGGCCGGCAGCAGUGUGGGCGUCGCCGCCCAGAACGUGCACGCCGAGGAUAGCGGCGCCUUCACCGGAGAGAUUGCUCCGCCGAUGCUGGUCGGCCUGUGCGACUAUGUGAUCAUCGGCCACUCCGAGCGGCGCCAGUUUUUCGGGGAAACCGACGAAUCAGUCGGUCGCAAGGCUGCCGCCGCGCUGCAGCACGGGCUUCGUCCCAUCGUCUGCGUCGGAGAAACCCUGGACGAGCGGGAGUCCGGUCGGGCCGUUGAGGUCAUCCGGCGACAGGUCGUCGCCGCCCUGGCGGAUCUCGAUCCCGAAGCCGCCGGGUCCCUUGCCAUAGCCUAUGAGCCGGUGUGGGCCAUCGGGACCGGCCGUGCGGCCACCCCGGACAUAGCGGACCAGAUAAUGGGCGGCGCGAUCGGAUCAACCAUCGCGGCCGUGUUGGGAACGGAUGUCGCUUCGGAAACUCCGCUCCUGUACGGCGGCAGCGUGAACCCGGCCAACGCCGCCGAGUUCGCGGCCGUCCCGAGCAUAAACGGCGCUCUGGUCGGCGGCGCGAGCCUGGACGCUGCUACGUUUCUGGAAGUGGCCGCGGCGUUCUCCAGCCGUAACCAAUAG